AUGGCAUCAUCAAUCCAGAAAAAUUCUACACGUCCUCGUUUACUCCAUGUUGGAUUUAUGGUUCCACUGAAUGAGAUUAUGUCUGAAAGUCCAGUAUUGGAACGUGAACUAGGCCGUUUGAAUUUACGCGUUAAUAUUUACGCUGCUGUUCUCUUCUACAAAGAUUCAUCUCCAGACACUCUUCAAAUGUGGUUUGAUCAAAGAAAACGUUCCAGCCGUAAUGGAUAUUUACGAGCAUAUUAUACGAAAAAAAACGGUGAUAGUAUUAUCGAAAUGGAUGUCGACGGAAAACAAUUUUAUCUCAUUGCAUCAUCGGGAACAUCACAACCGCUGAUCGAAAUGAAGAAGGAUAUUACAAGAGGUUUAUUUGGUGAACGCCGUGAGUUUGCCGAGCGCAUUCAAGUACCUUGUUUCCCAUAUAAAUACGACACAAAUAAUGGAUUCACUGAAUGUGAAGCAUUUCAUGCUUUUAAAGAUGAACAUAGACAAAAACUCGAGAACAAAGCAACUGGCGAUGCAUAA